AGCAUGCGACUCAAGCCCCUGUCCACGCGCGGGGCAGUGUGUCAAACUUCCGGCCUUGACGAGCGUUCCUUUCUGCCCUUUCUGCCCUUUCUGCUCUGAUUUUCCUCUCUCUUUUUCUCUUUUUCCUGCCGUUUGACACACCGCCAUGUCGGGAUGGAUAGAGGUGCGAGAUGGCAUCGAGUCGUGCGUGCGGGACACCUUCCUGGAGUUCCGCGUCGUGGGCUCGGAGCCGAAGCUUCGGCGGUCGAAGUCCACCGGAAGCAUUGAAGCGACUCCAGUGACUCCAGCGACUCCAAUGUUCAUGCCCAAGGCUUCCAAGAUCAGCGCAGGAGAUUGCUUUUCGGCUGCGGGGGAUUCUUCCGCAUCUACGAAGACAAACUCUGGCUGUGUUUCACCCUGCGGGACCAAGGAGGUAUACCUACAGAGCGCCAUUGAGGCUUUGCAUCGUGCGACGUGUCAAGGUAAGCAGGCGAGUCGUUGCGAGGUCAGCGACAUCAUUCUGCAACUUCCCACCCUGGCAGACUUGCCGGCAGACAGCAAGUCGCGGCUGAUGUCGCAGCUGAUGUGGAGCUUGGGUAAGAUGCAGUACAAGCAGGUCGAGGUGUAUGCUUUGCCCGACCUCAUACCCUCGGAGCUCGUGACGUUUCGCACCAGUGACCUGUGCGCAAUGCUCUGGGGCUCCGUCAAGUUGGGAAUCACCGAGUUGUCCCGGCGCAUCAUCACCGCGCUGGAUACCAUGCCCUUGAGGGAUGUGCCCCCACAGAGCGUGGCCAACGGCAUGUGGUGCUUGGGUACCUUGAAGCUGAACACAGCAGCUGCCAGAAGCGUCUUCAGCAAGUUUCUGCAGCUGGCAGUGCAGGACGACAUGAGGAACUUCACCUGCCAGGGGGUGGCCAACAGCCUGUGGGCAGCGGCCCACCACCAGCUGGACAAGCUUCAGGCCCAGCAUUUCCUGAAGAAGGCAGUGCUCAGGGCCAUGGAACUUGAGACCAGCGACUUCCAACACGAGGAGCUAUGCAUGGCCGUCUGGGCGGUGGGCAGGAUCAUUUGGAGCGCCCGGGAUUCGCGUGGGAACUUCUUACGGGGCCAGUACAAGUGCGUGCAGGACUGGCUGCUGCUGGCCUUUAAGGAAGCCACCGGAAAGAUCCGCCUGCUCAAGCCGCAGGGCGUGUCGAUGAUCGCAAUCACCCUGAAGAAUUUGAAGCAGGACAGAUUCCCAGAAGCGCGAGACUUCCUGCUGGCUGCAGCUCGAGAGCUGUCCGGCAAGGUUCACGAGUGCUCUGGGCAGGCCUUGGCCAACCUUUGUCAUGUCUUUUGUGGCCGAAUGAUGGUGAAGUUGUGGCCCUCUGAGACUUUGGAGGAGCGAGCCGCAUACAAGGCACAGGUGGUGGUCCCCUUCGCAGCCGCGGUGGCGAAGAGAUUGACCUCCCAGGUUUGGGACUAUUCCUCGAGGGAUUUGUUCGCCAUUGCAAGCUCCUUUGCCAGAGCCAAGCUGGGACACGUCCAGGAAGUCCAUGACUUUGCAGUGGCCUUGCUGAACGCGCCGUCCAAUGGAAGCCUCACCUCCCAGGAUUCCAUGAAUUUGGUCUUCUUGAUGAAUUCGGGUAAGAAGUUUCAGGCCAAGCGCUCAUAGCGACGGUGCUUGGUGAUCCUUGGAUGUCGGCUCCUCCUAUCAUUGAGGCCCAAAUAGCCCUGCGCACACAGAUGCUCAGGGCCUGCGGGAGGUGCCCGGAAAGGUGGAGGACUGACGAGGACCGUAUCCUGCAGUACCCUAUUGGUCAACGUUGUUUCGGUUGGUUCCAGACCAUGUCCCUGUGUAAUGUUCCCCGGCAGAGCACCAGAGAGUCUGCCCGAUUGCAGCUUCAUUACAAGCUGACAAGCCCGGUUAGCUCUUGGUUCUUGCUAACAGGCAAGAACGGCCCGCUCGAUUGCAGCUGCAUCACAAGCUGGCGAGCGGUGCAUUUUUGCUCCCUGGGACCAGCCGAAAACGGCUGGUGCAAGCCAUCCAGUUUAGUGAGUGUGCUCAGCUACAUCAGCCUUGCUUCAGGUGGGA